GGAUGGAGGCGGUCGCGAGCACAGUGUUUGCGUUCGUAUUUCAGUGAGUGUGUAUUGUGUUCAUCAGCAGGACGCCGAUCAUCACACAGAGUGAGUGGAAGUUGACCUUAAGUAUGCCGAGCAACAAACACAGCAACCACAGUGGCAAAAAACGCCACAGGCACAGUGAAGUCAUGUCCAACCCAGCAUUUUCCUAUUAUUCUGGAAAUAAGGUGCUUCACUUCUAUCGCUGGAAUUCACCACCUGGUGUGAUGAAGAUAAUGUGCAUCAUCAUUAUCAUCAUGUGUGUGGCUGUGUUUGCCUGUGUGGCCUCCACACUGGCCUGGGAUUACGAAAUGAGUCUCAUGGGGGGCGGAACUGGUCUCAUGCCAGGCUCAUAUGGCAGUGGAUAUGGAACCGGUUAUGGGGGCACGUAUGGUGGCUCAUAUGGUGGCUCAUAUGGUGGUGGAUAUGGUGGUUCCUAUUCCGGCUAUGGAGGAACAAAAAUGGAUCCCAGAUCUGGCAAAGGCUUUAUCAUUGCCAUUUCUGCAAUUACCUUCAUAGCUGUGCUUAUUAUAUUCAUCAUGGUUGUGUCAAGGCAAGGUACUGCCCGUUCAUCAAAGUUCUACCUGGCAUCAAUCAUUAUCUGCGCCAUCUUGGCAUUCCUGAUGAUUAUUGCCACUAUUGUGUACCUGGUGGCGAUAAAUCCAACAGCACAGUCCACGGGGUCUAUGUACUACAACCAGGUGGUACAGAUGUGUGCCCAGUUCCAGAACCAGGUCCAGCCCCAGGGCCUCUUAUUAAACCAAUACCUUUACCAUUACUGCGUGGUGGAGCCCCAAGAGGCCAUCGCUGUGGUUAUGGGCUUUUUGGUGUUUGUUGCCCUCAUCAUCCUGCUCGUGUUUGCGGUCAAGACUCGCCAACAGAUCAGGCGCUGGGGCCCAGAACGCAUUCUCUGGGAGGAAGUCAAGGUUGUCAAUGUUGGUCACCACAACAGCGUCGGGGAGUGGGUGACCAACGUGUCUGGUGAUCCAGAGGUGUUUGUUAAUGACCAUAACGAUAAAGUUGGGGCCUCUAGAGACUAUUUAGACCAGCUGGACUACAACAAGCCUCUAUACCUACCAGGAGACUCUGACAUCAGCAGCUAUGUGGGAGGCCUGCAGCCCAGGCUGAGGGACUACGACACUGGUGUGGAAUCUGGGGAUGACCUAGAGGAAGAAGAUUUCAGUGUUUUGUUUCCCCCCAUUUUGGAUGAGCAAGAGCGUCUGGCCUACAAACAGGAGUUUGAUAGGGAUCACCAAGAAUACAAGAACCUACAGGCUGAGCUGGACGGCAUAAACCAGGACCUGGCCGACCUGGACCGAGAACUGGACCGACAUUCUGAUGGCAGUCCAGAGUUCAUGGAUGCCUUGAGUGACUAUAACAGGCUGAAGGACUUCAAGAAGUCAUCAGAGUACCAGAUUAAGAAGAAGAGGUGUAAAUAUCUGAGAUCCAAGCUGUCGCACAUCAAGAGAAAGAUCAGUGAAUAUGACCGUCGACCCUGAACCUUCAACCCAAGA